GUUCCCCCGUCGGUAAGCAGUGUACAAGUGAAGGGGAAGCGAAUUGCUGCUGGAGAACGAGCACCAGGAGCCCCGAGAGAGCUCGAGCAAAGUGUCGUGGCUAUGGCGAUGGCGAGCUCCAGCGCACUGAUGGCAGCCCGAGCCUCCGUCGUUGUGGCCCAAUCCCCCCGCUGCAGCAUCGAUUCCCCCGGUGCGUCGAGCUCGGCCGCGUCCGGCAACCCCAACAACAAUGUCAAGUUCCCGCUCUCGAAUGUGCUGCGCCAGCUCAAGGAGACCUCGGGCGCGGAGAAUUUGUCCGUCGGCUCCGACCGCGAUGCCAUUCUCGACCCCCAGAUGAAGUUCGCCAAUCUCAUGUGGUUCAGGGGCGCAUACAACGCGCAAAUUUUCGUCUCCGAGGACGAGCCCGCCGACUCUGUCGUCAGAAGGUUCCGGAAGGCGGUCAUGCAGGCCGGAGUCAUCCCGGAGUGCCGCAGAAGGAGGUUUUUCGAAACUCCCCAGGACAUCGUCAAGCGCAAACAGCAAAACGCCCAGCGACGCAAGUCACGACGGUUCACUCCCCGGAACGAGAGCUUCGGACCCGGAGGCGAGAAGAAAGAGGGAGGCGCCGGUGGAUCGUCGGGUGGAAACGACGACGACGAUUUCUGGGGAUUCGCUGAAGAGUCUUGAACUCGACACUGUCAGUCAGCUAUGUAGAAUCGAAAUCAUUCACAUUCUUGUGUAGGAAGUACAUGUCAGAACCUGAGUCCACUCAUGACACGGGGCUAGUAAGUGAUUACCACAGGAGAGGCAGAAGAUUGUAGAAGAGUCAUAUUGUAGACUACACUGUAACCAUUUUCUUGUAGGAGUCCAUAAGCAGUAUAAUGUUCGUCAGUCGAGUACCAUAUCAUUUGUCACAGCUGGAGCAAUCGAAUAAUUUUUUUGUACC